AUGGCCGAACCAUCGAAUCCUAAAUCCAACCUUCUCCACACAAUCUGGACGAAUACUGAACACAUUCUCUACAAGGCCCUCUUCAACCGUUUCACUCUGAUCGCCUUCUACGCCUUCUGGUUCCUCUUCGGAGUUUUGGUCCUUCGAAAAACUCAAAAUGCAAUCACAGCAGUGAGAUAUGUAAAGACCCACGGAGAGUCGGUAUCCCUUUCUUCUAUCGAGCAGUCCAGGGAGUUUGCGGAUCUUAUCAAAACGCUUGAUAAGAAUUUCCCGAGACCUCCAGCAAUAUUUUUACUGAAUCAGUAUGCUUUGAAUAUGACUGACAACUUUUUAUGCAACACUGGAACGUUGGAAGGCGUUCAUGAGCGGUUCAUUUUUGUGACACUGGAUACGGUAGCAAGGGAUACUAUCAAGAAACGAUGGCCACAGAUUCAACAGUUCCAUUGGCCAACGCCUUCGCUUUAUAAACCAUUCUCCUUCGCCGAAGGAGCGUAUCAAACGAUCUAUCUGCUCAGAUCGAAUUUGGCAUUGGCGUUGAUCAAAAAAGGAAAAUCCUUCUGGAUGAUGCAACAAGACACUUUCUGGCGAAAGAACAUCUUCGACAUGAACUACGAAGACAACAUGGCGUACGACGCAAUUUUCGACCAAUUGGGAAGUGAGGAGGAAUCAUCAAUGAGAAAAGAAUGGGUCAACGGAGCCAACUUCUUCAUUCGAGCCAACAACGACACCCAGUUGUUCUUUGAGAGUAUGUCCGAGAAAUUGGCACAUUGGUAUACACCAGAUAUGGGAAUCAUGAUUCAACAGUGUCAUACUUGGAAGAAACCAGUUUGUGCUUAUAUUCCGCAUAAUGUCGUCUACUCGUGGGAAUGGAUGUUCACCGAACAAAAGGACCCACCGUACCUGAUGCAAUUGGACUGUGAAACUGACGGAGGAUCGAAACUGAUGCAAUUGGGACGGUAUGGAUUCCAUUUUGUCAAUCAAGAUGGAAGUUGUAAUGAUCAGAAGGUCGCUCUUGCCAAAGCGAAAAUGGAGAACGGAACCGUCGAAGUGCAGAUGACGAAAACGCUUCCAUCGUGGGGACGUCUUCAAUUCAAAGCCUACUGGUACAUUGUUGAUUAUAUGCUAUGGACACCAAUCAUUGGAGAAUACCUCAAACCAUAUUUGGCAAUGAUCGGAUUCAUUUUAAUGAUCACUAUUUGA